UAGGUCAUGAGGUGACUUCAGUGCAGGGGUAGAGGAUCCUUUUACAUGAAUUGUAUGUUUGCCAAGUUACUUUCAGCUUAGUAAUGUACUUUUAAUUCCUGACGAUAAUUCAUCACCGUCACCAGGAACUUCUAUGCAUAAAACCACCAUAAAUUGCCAAUGUGAAAAUGUGUAGCUGUCCUUGUCCAUCCGAUUGCCAUUGACAAGAAAUUGGUUUCAGUUGUCAUAACAACAUAUUUCGCUUGGUAAUCAUUUUCUAUUCCGAUCUGAUACUGCAUGGCUAUAUAAACAUUGACAUGAGAUGAAUGGGCUCGCUUUAUUACCUCGCUAAAUCACAGUGUUGGGCAUGAAUAUUACAAAUGGGCAAUGGAAUAGGGUGUCAGCAUCCCACAUGUAGCAGGCGUUGCUAAUCUUCACUAGAGUUAGAAAGUAUGUCAUGUCUAGAGUUCCUUCGCCUUGUGUUUUACAUGUCCGAGUAACUGCGAUGUUCUUUUGCAGCAUGUCUGAUCCAACUCAUGUGUCAGCCAAUAGCACAAGUCAAACCACUCCCCCGAAGCGAAAUUUUUAUAAAGCUGCGCGCAGCAUCAAGAAAUCCGUCCUCUUCCAGAGGGUGCACAAGACGCUCGUCUACAACGACCCGGAGCUUGACAGCAUGAACGAGCUUGACGAGAACGGAUGGGCUCACAUCCAUCAUGCGGCGUUCAGAGGCUUCGUCAAAUCGAUCGAGAGGUUUGUCAAGGCAAACGAAGAACAGCUGGAGUUCGAAACUGGUGAUGAUGUUCACUCUACGCCACUUUUGCUGGCCACCAUGAGCGGUAAUCUGGAAUCUGUUCAAUGUCUGGUCGAACUCGGUGCAAACCUCAUGGCCACAAACUCGCAGAAUCACGGAGUGGUGGAGCUGAGUGCACUGAAAGAGUUCAUCCAAUUGCUGGAAUAUUUCGUCGAGUUGAACGACCCGAAGUUGCAAGUCUGGAAGCGCCUCAUAGCUUUCCUUGGGUCUGUUUCUGACGAAGAGUGCGAAAGUGCAGGGAAGUGUUUGCGCAUAUUGACCAACCCUACCGAGGACGGGAUCAGUCCUAACUGGGAACCCAUGUACACAAAUGGGGUUGUCCCGACAAUUGUAAAAGUUAUCAAAAGUACUAUUGCAGAAGAAGCAAAGGCCCAAAGCAUACACGCUUUGAAUAACAUUCUUACAAAGCUCGAAGUGAAGCAGCAGUUUUCUUCGUUGGGGGGAAUCCCACCGUUAGUGCGUCUGCUGAAAUCAUCCAACAGUCCCCUGAUACAAAUCACUGCUACAGCUUUGAAAGAAUUAGCUUUGGUUCCAGAGUAUGCUGAACAGGCAUCACAGAACUCGGCAAUACAGAACUUGGUCAAUGUCAUAAAAAGUGUCGGCGAGGUGGAAGUCUUGGUUGAAGUGAUUGAAGCUUUGGGGAAUAUUUCUUACAAAAACGAGGGCCACCAAAGUUUGGCCGGGAGCACGCCGGGUAGUAUACCAGGAUUGGUCGCUCUGUUCGAGGACUGCGUGCACAAACCAUUGCUGAUGGCCCUGACAAAAAGUAUUGCCAAAAUUGCACAAGGAUAUGCGAAUAACCAGGAUGCUUUUGUGAAUGAAGGUGUCGCAGCUCAUGUCAUCAUGUUGACAAAAGUGAAACAACGGGACUUACAGUUGAGCGCUGUUGACUGUAUACACAUGCUCGCAGAAAAUAACGACCACGCUCAAAAGGUCAUCUUGGAGGAUGGGGCAGUCUUGCCACUUAUGCAACUCCUGAAGAAAAGUCGUGCGCAGAACGUGCAAGAAAAGACAGCAGGUGCGCUCUGGGCUCUUGCAGGAAAUAACAUGGACCAGCGGCGUAACAUGGCAUCCAUGAUGGGUGUGCAGCUUCUGAUAGAGUUCUUGAGCUCCAUGUCUGAAGAACUUCACUAUAUUGGUUCAGAGGGGUUGGGUGUUUUGGGACAGGGGCCGGAGAAUCAACAAACUAAGAUUGCCACUGCCAACGGGAUUCAUCCCCUUGUUCGACUGUUGCGUGCAGACAAGGAACAUAUUGUGCAAAGCGUCAUUCGAUCGUUACGGUAUCUGUGUGUCGGAGUCGGUAAUGUUCCACACAACAAGAACCAGUCGACGGUAGCACAAUCGCGGGGCAUCAAAUUCCUGGUGGCGCUGAUGGUCCAUUCAAGAGAUGAGCUGAUACAGGUUGAGUCUGCACUGGCCUUGGGGUGUGUCGCAUUGGGUCAUCCAGAAAACUUAGAAGAGAUACACAAAAGUGUCGACUUCAGUUAUGUUCGCAUCCUAAAAAUGAUGUAUCACACAAAACCACUCGUGCGUUUGAUGGCAGGGAGUGCGCUGGCCACGUUUGCAUACAACAACAUCAGUCAGCAGCGAGAGAUCGCGGAACAGGGCGGAGUGCGAUUCAGCUGCUUUAUUCCAUUCCUCGAGUCAAGUGAUGAGUACUACAGAUGCAAUGCUGCAUAUCAGGUUGUUGUGCUAGCCCGAAUCAUCCCCGAUUAUGAACAAGCCAUGUCUUCAGCAGCUGGUAUCAAACUGAUUGGGGACCUCCUCCACGACUCGAGGAGUGAUGAGAUCCUAUCCUUGGCCUGUGACUGUGUAGCUAGACUUGCACAUACAAGAGCAGGUGUCCCAGCUGCCAUCGUGUCCAUAGAUGCUGUAAAUGACCUCUGCCGACUGAUGACCCUUCCCAAUGAAAACGUGCGUGGAUGUGCUGCUAUCGCGCUCGGAUAUCUCUCGUACAACCAUCUCGCUGAAAGACAACUCCUGAACAGGUGCCGCAGUGAUCCAUUUCUCAUGCAAGUGAUGGUUCACUAUACGAAGAAGGGACGAGUCGCACAGUCAUUCGUGGACAGCUGGAAACACUACAAGAAGGUUGGACUGCCACCUAUUGAAGAGGGACGACCUAGUCUUGUUGCCAGGAAAAGCGUUGAGUACAUGAAGGAUGUCGGAGGACGCCCUCUGACCAUCAUGAGCUUCAACGAAACAGAUGGCAGCACCAAAUUACAAAGUUCACCGACGAAUCUAAUGAAUGGGCAGAUACCAGAUGACGGACAACAAACAAAUUUAACGGGACGUUUGUCUCGGGGAUCGAGGGGGACGAGUCAUAGUAUUGCACUGCAUCGCAGUAACACUACAGGAAGUCAAAAGUCACAUCCUGCAUCGGUGGUGAAUGAAGUCACUGCUGCGGAAGGGUGAAACUGGACUGUUAGCAGUGGAAUCAAACUACAGUAGAACCUCCCUUAGCUAUGUUAGCCUGUAUCAUUAGGGGCUGUAUUUCUCAUGCAGAACCGAGGAUGUCCAUGAUACUGUAUUUCAAGGAAUGUUUCAACUAAAAUGUCUACAUUUGUGGUUCCAAAAGGUGCCAAUAGGAAGCAGGCUUUCCCACAUUGCCAAAAAACAUAUCAUUCAUGCCUACCAGUAAAUAGUUUGAAGGUUUCUGUGCGGUUUCUACCCGUUGCCAUCCUGUCAAAAUCAACAGUGUCCAUGGUUUGCUUGCUGGUGCUCUAAACUUUAGCCGCCAUUUAUGAGGUGGGACCCGGGCCAAAAUGUAACGAUCGUACAUGUACAGAUCAGUCAUGUACAGAAGAUACUAGAAGAUACAGAAGAUACAGUCAUGUACAGAAGACACUAUUGUUGUACAAUUGUACAAAAAAUUGUUGUCUAUCGUUCAUUAUUAGAGGAAAUUGUACCUGAUGUCAGUGAUAAUGCCAAAUCGAUUAUGCUAAAUUGUAUAUUAAUUUUUCAACCAGAUAUAUAUUUACAACGUUGACUUUGUAUAUUUUCAUUAGUGUAUAUAAAUAGUGUGAACAUGAUGCCAAAUGUGUUUGUAUUUAUACAAUAUACACGACUGUGAUAGAAAGAAUGCCGUCCCUGGGAAUAAAAGGUAUUUGGUGA